AUGGAUAAAAAGAAGAAGGCAGCCUUGUUGAAGAAGCGCGUUGCGGAUGAGCAUAUUAAGGCGCUGGAGAAAUUUCAAUGUUCUUUCUCCGAAAAUGUGGCAAAUGAGGUGCUGGAUGCACUAGAAUGCUUGGAACGGUAUAAGGAGGAAUAUUUCGCCGCGAUUACGCAGUUAAUGGAGUUGGACGAUAGCAACGAGGCUAUCGAAGUAUGCAUACAGGAGAGGAUCGCGAUGGACGAUCGAUGCCGUCAUGUGUGCGCGUUUUUACGAGACCAGCAGCCAAAGGAGUCGAACCUUCUCGGGGAAUCGACGCUAUUACCAAGUUCAUCGACCUUCGCGUUUAGCAAACCAAAUGCGUCGAACCUUCGGCUCCCGAAAAUCGAUCUACCUAUCUUCGAUGGAGAUUAUUCUAAAUGGCUGUCCUUUCGCGACCGAUUCAUAGCCAUGAUCGACGCAUCGACCGAGCUUCCUUCCAUUUCGAAGCUUCAAUAUCUUUUAUCUUCUUUACGUGGUGAAGCUGCUAUACCACACGAACACACAACGUUGACGGCAGACAAUUAUUCAAUUACAUGGGCAUCACUUUUGAAUCGAUACGAUAAUUCCCGAAUGCUGAUACGAGAGUAUUACCGCACUUUGCACCACUUCCCGGCUGUGCAAACGGAAUGCGUCGAUGAAUUGGCACAUCUAGUCGAUGAAUUUGGGCGACACGUUAAUGGUUUAGUGAAACUGCACGAGCCUAUCGAACAUUGGGAUACACCGCUAUCGAAUAUGUUACUCAUGAAGCUGGAUCCGUCAACAAUACUGGCCUGGGAGAAGCAUUCUGUGAACCACGAUAAGGAUAAGUACAAGGAAGUUAUCGAAUAUUUAUACGAGCGGAUACGCAUCUUGAAGUCUUCCCAAAGGUUUUCUGGUGAAGCACCCCCAGCUGUGAUCAAGGUGGCCGGCAACCAACGUCACUCUGCAACACAUCGGAGAUCGAUAACUAACAACGCUCCCAUGGAACAUACGCCAACCAGUUUUUCAUCCUUUCACCAACCGAAAUGCCCACUAGCGUGUGCCGACAAUCAUUCACUACGCAACUGUCCAGUAUUUCUCAGCUACGAUACACAGCAACGACGGAACCUAGUCAAAUCAAAGGGGCUAUGCUGGAACUGCCUUAGUGGAUCCUAUUUGCCAAAGGUUUGCAGAUCGGAUUAUUCUUGCCGUUCGUGCCACGAACGCCAUCAUACGCUGCUACAUCAAACAGCACAACCGAAAGUUACUCUGGCCGUUCAUGCAGAGGAUGAAGCGGUAUUCCUCGAAACAGCUGUAGUGCUUAUUGCUGACGAUUAUGAGAAUCAUCAUGAGGCGAGAGCGCUUCUUGAUUCGGGCUCGAUGUCCAACUUUAUGUCGGAGAGACUGGCUCGGAAACUCAUAACCACCCGCACCAAGGUGAAUGUUUCAGUUUCUGGCAUCGGGAAAACAGUGCAGCAUGUAAGGGGAUCGAUCACGGCAAUCGUUCGAUCCAAGGCACAUCACUUCAGCACCUAA